CAACAGGUAGGAAACAGCAACAGGAAGGAGACAGCAACAGGUAGGAAACAGCAACAGGAAGGAGACAGCAACAGGAAGGAGACAGCAACAGUAUGUGUUGGCUGGGUCUCCUGGUGGUGGUGGUGACCUUGACCCCCCGGACCCUGGCACAGUUUCCCAGAGAAUGUGUCACCCCAGAGGGGCUACGGAGUGGCCAGUGCUGCCCCUCUCCCACUGGAGCCCUGGAUGACCAGUGUGGUUCUGCCACAGGGAGGGGUCAGUGUGUGUCUAUAGCUGCCGACAGCCAUCGCCACGGCCCCCAGUACCCACAUGAUGGCCGGGACGACCGGGAGCGCUGGCCGUUAAGGUUCUUUAACCGGACGUGCCGGUGUAACGGGAACUUCGCGGGGUAUAACUGUGGCCGGUGCCGACACGGACUCACCGGACCUAACUGUGAUCAGAGGAUAUCCGUAGUCAGGAGGAAUGUGAUGCAGAUGAGUUCAGCAGAGAAGCAGGCGUUUGUGAACUCUCUGGACCAGGCCAAGAGGACCGUCCACCCUGACCUGGUCAUCUGCACACGACGUUACCAGGAGGUGUAUGGUCCGGAUGGUAACACCCCUCAGUUUGAGAACAUCACCAUCUAUAACUACUUUGUGUGGACACACUACUACUCUGUCAGCAAAACCUACAUGGGGGCGGGGCAGGCUGGCUUUGGGGGUGUGGACUUUUCUCAUGAGGGACCGGGAUUUGUCACCUGGCACAGGUUCCACCUGCUGCAGCUGGAGAGAGAUAUGCAGGACAUGUUAGGUGACGCCACCUUUGCCCUCCCCUACUGGAACUUUGCCAUUGGCGGCAGUGAGUGUGACGUGUGUACUGACGACCUCCUGGGAGCCAGGUCUGCCUUCGAUAUGAACAGCCUCAGCCCCAACUCUGUCUUCUCCCAGUGGAGGGUGAUCUGUGAGAGUGUAGAGGACUACGACACUCUGGGAACCAUCUGUAACAAUUCAGAGACCAGUCCCAUCAGGAGGAACCCAGCAGGUAACGUGGCACGUCCCAUGGUACAGAGGCUGCCUGAACCCCAGGAUGUAGUGGACUGUCUGGACCUCAAAACCUUCGAUACCCCCCCUUACUAUUCCACCUCUUCAGAGAGCUUCAGGAACACCGUAGAGGGCUACAGUGCCCCUCAGGGUGGCUAUGACCCGGUGGUACGCAGCCUCCAUAACUUGGCUCACCUGUUCCUCAACGGGACAGGAGGGCAGACACACCUGUCCCCCAACGACCCUAUCUUUGUCCUGCUCCACACCUUCACUGAUGCCAUCUUUGAUGAGUGGCUGAGCCGACACGCCCCAGGUGAGGCAGUGUACCCGGAGGAGAACGCUCCUAUAGGUCACAACAGACAGUUCAACAUGGUUCCCUUCUGGCCACCCGUCACCAACGCUGAGAUGUUCCUCACAGCCCCCGAGAACCUGGGAUACACCUACGAGGUCACAUGGCCCACUCGCCCCUACACCCUGUCCGAGAUCAUCACCAUAGCGAUCGUCGCCGUGGUGCUGGUGGCGGCGGUGGUGUCCGGCGUCAUCGCGUGUGCCAUGCGUGCCCGCUCGGCUGAGGGACUAGAGCCGUUGCUAGGGGAGACCUUCCGUCGCUACUCUGAGGAUGACAGACGGAAGGACAAGAAGAGCCAGUCUGUAGUGUAGAUACCAAGGGUACGUCUCAAACGGCACCCUGUCCCCUUUACAGUGCACUACUUUUGACCAGAACCCUAUUGGUGCCAUUCCCUAUAUAGUGCACUACUUUACCCUACGGUCCCUGGUCAAAAGUAGUGCACUAUAUUGAGGAUAGGGUGCUAUUUGAGAUGCAGCCUAGACCAAGCCCUACCAGUGCCUAAACCAUAACCCUAUCUAUAGUUUUUAUUCCUUCUUCUAAUAAAGUUGUACUGAUUUUGAAAA